CCUUCCAGCGGAGGGGCGUCUGGAUACGGACCGGCCGGAGAGGUUGUGGCUAGACGGGGUAGGGAAGACGGUCCCCGCUGGCUUUGUUGAAGUAAGGGGGGGGGGGUUUGUUUAGUCAGUGAAGGGGAAAAGUUAAAGGUUGUUCUCCUUACCGGCGCCCCGGACAGUCUCACGCAGAUGUCGUUCAACAUUCUGCCGAAGUUCAGCUUCAGGAGGCGGGACGGAGAAUUUAAGCAUAUAGCUCAUGGCUUCAUCCCUGCUGCAUCCAUUGCCCCCAAGCCUGCCGUUCCACGUACCCCCCCUCCCCGCAGUCCAAACCCCUCUCCAGAGAGACCCAGAUCAGCCUUAGCGGCAGCCAUCUUGUCUUCUUCUCUGACCGGGAGGACGUUUGCCAUCCCGCCUGCUCGACCCAGGUCUCUGUCAGAGAGCGAGCGCUCCCAGUCCCUCACGUUUGAGCCAGACGCCAGCACAGCUCUUUACGCCCGAGACAGAUGGUCCAAGCGUUUGUCUCAUUGCCCUUCUGAGCCCACUGUUGGACACUCUGAGGAGUCAGAGGAUGAGGAGGAAGAUCAAGAAGAGCUAGAAGAGGUGUUGGAGGACAAAGAGAAGGAAGAGCAUGUCUACCAGACUCUUGACAGACGGGAGAAUUGUCCAACCACAGAGCCCACCUAUGUCCUGCCACUGAAACACAAGAGACCCAUCGAAUCUGAGGGAGAAGAGACCGAUGACCCUGCCUUCCCUUGCCCCCCUCUACCCCAAGAGAGUGAAGAGAGAGUGCAGACACCUCAGAAGCCAACUCCUUCCCUUCAGAAGCGCAGGUUGUCAUCUGGUAGAGGAAGCAUGGCUUCUCCAGAUGUUACCAAGGCAACUAACAGUCCGUCUCCUAGAGCUUCCCGCAGUUUGACAAAGAAGAAGAAAGAAACCGAGUCUGAGGCCAGCGAGGCCUUCAGGGAGGUGCUGGAGGUGCAGAGGGAGAUGGUGCGCUCACUGACAGAGCAGAAUACAAGUCUGGCAAAUGAGCGCAGACUCCUGCAAGAGAAACUUCAUCACCUGGAGCGUGAUUGCUCACCAGGGAGAGCCCCCACAGGUGUCCUCACGGAGCUGCAGACUCUGAGACAGCAGGCCCAGGAGCUGGUUGAUGAGAAUGACACGCUGAAGAUGACUGUCCAUCGUCUCAAUGUGGAGCUGAGCCGUUACCAAACCCGCUUCAGACCACUUUCCAAACAGGAGAGCUCCAGAAUCAAAGGUUUACCAUUGAAAGGAUCUGCUCCUCCCUGGCUGGUGGACAUGAAAAAUCUGUCGCCCCUCCUCGUGGCCUACGAGGACACAAUCCGCAACCAAGAUGCUCUGCUGCAAGAUGCUCAGGAGGAGCUGAGGAGACUUGGUGCUUCUGCGGAGGAAGUGGUCAGAGAAAACCAAGCCAUGCAUGAAGAGAGAAGCAAAACUGAAACAGUCUCCCUGCAGGACUGGAAACAGCUGCAGGAGCAGGCUGACCUGGUGUUGCAGGAGAACCAGAUUCUGAUGGAUCAGUUGGAGCAACAGGAGGCCAAAGCCCAGAGCAACCAGAAUCGGCACUACGAAGAAGUGUCCAAGUUGGCCAAACAGUUGAUGUUGUUGGAGCAAGAGAAACAGGAUCUUCAGGAGGAGUUGGAAGAGAGGCGCAUGGAGGUGAAGGUCUUGAGGAACCGACAGGAGAACACCGUGACAUGGGAGGAGCACUGCAGCAUUGCUGGAAAACUCCAACGCCAGCUGCAGCAGGAGGAGGGGAGGAAGCAGCUGGAGGUGGAGGAGCUGCUCUUCAAGGUGUCCGUCCUGAAAGAGGAGAAUAAUAGUCUGUCUGAAGAGAAAACCAUCUUAACCAGCAACAUCCGCCUCAUGAAGACCCAGCUGGAGACGUCCCGACAAGCUUACAGGAAGGCACAGAGGAGGAUAGAUGUGCUGAAGGAUCAGAUGGAGGAGUGUGUUAGAAACGAGUUGAAGGCUCACCACUUCCUGAACAGUGUACUGGCACUGGCAGAGAAGACCUCAAAGGAGAGAGACGAACUCAUUCUCCUGGCGUCGACCCUGGAGCAGUACAAGCAGGGGGUUCUUGGAAGGGUCCUGGAAGGCACCGUGCAAAUCGGGAAACUGGGAGAAAAGGUCAAGGUAUACAGGAAGCGGGCUUCGGCUGGGCUGCAGGCAUUGGACAAGCGCUUGCGGGAGCAGGAGGAAGACUUUGCAGGGAGAGCAGCCUCCUAUCAGAGAGAGAUCCUUUACCUCCACCAGCUGCUGGGAGACAGACAGCACACUGUGCAGCGUCUACUGCAGCACCGCCGGAAGGUAGAGGAGGAGUUAGAGGUGGUGUGGCAGGCGGCAACCAGGGAGAACCAGAGGAUGAAGGAGACUCUGCAGAGUACCUCCCCUAGCUGUCCCCUUCAGCCCCCCGAGGAGUUCACCGUCUCCCCCCUGCUACACCUGGACGCCACCUGGUGGCCUCCCCUUUCCACGGGUCCCCUGGGCCUCCAACGAAGCCCCAUGUUUGAGUCGGACUCUGACCAGAAUCAGAACAACUCCUCAGACGAGAGUGAAAAACAAGGACUGGAGUUUUACUCCUGAGGAUCUCUCAGCUAUGAAAAAAGCCAAAGCUGCAGACCACCCUGGCUGGACGGCGUGUAGACAACUAACAUGUAACCUCAGGUGCUACACACUCUGAGAGAGAAACAACCCACCCAGUAGUGAUGAUAGUAUCAACAGUAACAGUCACAAAACACAAACAUGAUAUACAGUAACACCAACAGAAGCGCAAACAGUGAGAUUGGAAUUGAGAAUAUUGUUGACUAUACUCGCUAACCGCAGCGUUCUGCUAACUUCAUGUAGCUUUGAAUAAUCAACCCAUUUUUUCCAGAACAAAGAAAAAUACAUAAUUUUAUUCAAACAGUUCAAAUCUGCCAGCAAAAACAUUUCCAAAUGAAACAUUACAGGGUUAAAAAAAAUACUUGAAAUUUUAAAUCCUUAAAAAGUGUCUUAAGUGUCUUAAAAGUGUGAGGGUCCUCUGACUGACUAGAAAAAUAUAAAACAAAAAAUAUCAAGACAGAAAAAAAUGUUAUGCGUCACCAUACCUUGGCCAAAUCUAAGCAUUUUGUUUUUCUUCCCAUGUAACAAAAAUCAAAUUUUCAUUAAAUGAAAA